AUGAUUUUGGUACUCUCCUCCCAACCACUGAAGUCUGCGAUGAAGACUCACAAGCAUGCAAAGUCAUCUUGCUUUGUGAAGUCUAAGCCCCUCAUGGAGUCAGAAGAUGAGGAAGACAUGAGUAUUCAGGUUGUGAUGAAAAAACCCUUUGGCCCUGCUACAGUGAUUACCAGCAGUCACCUGGCAGUUAUCAAGCCCUCCCAGCUGACUCCCAAAACACUGGUGCAGGCACUCCUAGCCAUCAAUGCAGGUGAUAUUCUCAUUCCUGGACUGUAUGUCCAUUCACUAACACAACCCACAGAACAACCCAUGCCAGGUUUGCACCAAGCUAAACUGGCCCUGCACAACUUGGUUGGACAAGAGGACCAGGAAUCCAUAACUCUGGGUGUCACUGCUGUGACAACUCCCAAGACCCAGACACAUGGUCGCAGCAAGACCAUCACUGCCAUCAAGGCACCUGCACCUGCACCAGCUUCACUUCUGUCUUCAAGUUCAGCAGUCCCUGCUUCAGCACCCAGUCUGGCAGUCCCUGCUGCAGCACUCAACCUGCCCAUGCCAGAUCUCCAUGCCAUGGCAAUUGUGAUUCAGGAUGGUGCAGCUCACAUCGCCAUUCUUGAGGCUCAUGUGGCAGAGCAGGAUGGUAAGAUUGAUACCCUGCAAUGCCUCCAUGAAGGCCUUAGGCAUGAAAUCAUCAACCAGCACCCCACAUUCCCAAUUCCCAAACCUCCAGCCAAUGCAACAUCCUUGUUGCUUGAUCAAUCCAUCCCUGUGUCCAUGUCACCAUUUGAAUCUGCACUCCCUCCUCUCAUUGAUCUCUCAAUGAGAGAGAUGAUGCCCACACCCCUGAAAUUCAAGGAUGCCUCUGCCAUUAAGGGCCUCCUGUUUGAGUAUAACCAGGUUGUUCAACCAGAGGUUCCAGAUAUGUCCAGCAAAAUUGUGGACCCAGAAUAUGAUUCUUCCAAUGACAUGGAUGUUGAGGUGAAGGUUGAAGCAUCUUCUGAGGAGGUUGACAUGGCUACAUAA